CCAGCUACCUUAACAUCCUCCCUCUGCCUGCAGAAACCUCCAAAUCUUCAGUUUAGAAAUGCAAAUUGAGCUUUGAUUUUGAUUUCUUCGGUGGAUUUGUAAGUUUCCAUUCUUUCUGGCUGGGAAAGAUUCGAUUUUUAGGGCAUCAAUUCCAGAUCGGUUUGUCUUUGGGCUCAAACCUGGAUCUUCUGUAAGGAUCUUCUUCCUUCGUUGUUGCUGCGGUGGAAUUCCUGUUGGUGGAUACUGCGUCCAGGAGCAUGGAGAGGUCGUCGCCGCAAUGGUGCCACCGCUGCUGUCGCUUCAUCUCCGUUUGGCAGGACGCUGGCGUCUGCCCGGACUGCGGCGGCGGUUUUGUGGAUGUGCCUAGCCUAUUUCACUCGUCCUCUUUGACUGCCGACGAGAUUCGUCGAGGACGGGUCCCCUCCGCCGUGGUCGACUCUGCCGCCGCCGAUGGGCGGCCUAGCCGGCCCUCAGAGAUUAGGUUCCGUAGUAACAGCCGCCCGUCCACUAGCGACCGUUCUCCCUUCAACCCCGUCAUCGUCCUCCCCGGUCCUCGUGAAGGCGCACGAACCGAUACGGAUCGGGCCACCACCAACAGCUUCGAACUAUACUACUACGAAGGUACAGGAUCAGACCUCCGUCCCUUGCCGGAAAGCAUGUCUAAUUUCUUGAUGAGCUCUGGGUUUGAGAGGAUUCUCGAUCACCUUACUCGGAUUGAGACCAAUGAAAUAGGCAGCAGGUAUGGGUUUGAUCACCCGCCUGCUUCAAAGGCUGCCAUCGAGUCUAUGCCCAUGGUCGAAAUUGCUGACCGUCAUGUUGCCCUGGAAUUCUAUUGCGCCGUCUGCAAAGACCCUUUCGAGCUUGGAGCUGAGGCGCGCGAAAUGCCCUGCAAGCAUAUCUACCAUCACGAUUGCAUCUUGCCUUGGCUCUCGCUGAGAAAUUCCUGUCCUGUUUGCCGACAGGAAAUGCCAACGGAUGUGCAGCAACCAGAUGGGGACGAAGAUGCUUCCAUGGCUGGGAACGAGGACGAGAUGGUUGGGCUUACCAUAUGGAGACUUCCGGGAGGUGGGUUUGCUGUAGGAAGAUUCACAGGUGACAGGAGAGCUGCUGAAAGGGAGUUUCCAACCGUUUACACAGAGAUGGAUGGCAGAUUCAAUACUAAUGGGGCACCAAGAAGGAUAGCAUGGUCCACGAGAGAGAACCGGUCGCAUCAUCGUGGAGGAAUUGGCCGGACCCUCCGCAAUAUGUUUUCAUUCUUCAGGCGUUUGAGGUCUUCUACUCCAUUAUCUUCAUCAAGGUUAAAUUCCAAUUCCCAGUCUUCCUCAAACCUUUCUGUUAGAUACAGGCGAUCUUCCAUUUUCAAUAGGAGAUCAAGAAGACGUAGUUCAAGUUGGGCAUCAAAUGAUGGAACUGUCAAUGCAGCAAGAUGGUAAUUAUGAGAACUAAUUUAGGAAGAUGAACCUUUUCUCCAGUUUGGUGCUUCUACGAAACUGCAGUACUAAUCCUGCAAGAAGAAUGGAAAAUGUUUGUACAACAUAUGGCUAGCUGAUGGUUUGCCCACUACAUGUAGUUCCACUGUGAAUAGGAACAACCUAAAAAAAUGUAGCAUCUUCUAUUAUCUAUCCCCAAUCACACUUCACAGCCUCUAUUGCUCUUAUAGUCACAGAAGAGGCUUUGUAUUGUUUUAGGUUAGCCAUUCAAUAUUAUCUACUUGUAUGUGUUCACUUUAGAAGAGAAAAAAAAUUCCAUAUAUGCAUUUGUUUUAUUUGUUCCAAAA